GGGGAGGAUGCGGCGCGGGCGCAGGUACCUUGCAGUAGCGCUGGCCGUGCUCAGGGCAGCCCAGCUGUCACGCUUAGCCCCGCUCACCCCACCAACCUCAUCGAACUGGUGCUCAGCACGAGGUCACGCGUCUCUGGUGACUUCAUCCUAUGCCUGCGCCUCAUCCUUAGGGACGGCACAUCACACCACCACCCAAGCGGUCCUAAGUACCAUGGCGCCCGAUCUGAACACCUUGCCCGCGUCUCCCCAUGUAUCUCCCUCACCCCGCAACCAGUCACCCACAAACUCACGCACCAUGGCUACUUCACCGCACUCUCUUGCUGCCACUGCCGCUAUGAAUGCAGGUAUUCACAACGAAGAGACGCGCCGACCUUCUUCUGGUAGCAUGCGCAGGGAUGUCGAGCGUGCGCGUCGCCGGUCAAGCAUUCGCAUGAACCUCAACUUGAACGACCCAGCUAUCCCGGCACCUGGAGAAAUGCAGCAGAGCCCAUCCUCCCGUAGCAGGGGUCCAUGGCCGCAUAGCCCGCACCAUGAGCGUGCGCCUAGUUUGGGAGAGCUGCACCAAGAGCUGGAGUAUGAGCAGGAAGGACAGGUGAACCGACUACUCAACAUGAUUCGUUCUCAGCAAGCCCAGAUCAAUACUCUCCAAGCAAACCAGCAGCAGCCCUCUGCUUCCGCCGUCGACGACAGCACCCCAACCUCGGAGCGUUCCAUGUCUAUACCUCCCUCCCUCACACAGUCCACACACAUCUCUCCACCUAUCGUCUCACCCUUGCCAUCCGCUACUCACCCUCGAUCUCGCUCUCCAUUCGGCUUGGGUACCAUCAGUCGCCAGUCAUCAUUUGCCGACCGCUCACGACACAGCAGCCAUGCCGGAUCCCCAGCUCUGCGUCCUAUAUCAGGCCAAGCAGGACCCUACGACCCCCAUGACAUGCUUCCCAGCCCAGCAACUUCGAGAGAUGAGAGUGCUUUCUACCAGGCCGAAACUCAGAACCUAACCCGGGAGAAUCAGAUGCUGAAGCUAAGGAUAAGAGAGCUUGAGCGCCAACUAGCAGACCAAAAUCCCACCAGCCAAGUCACCCACUCCCCCACCGUCCACUCCGGCCUCGCUCCUGCCUCGACUCGCGAAAGUACAGAUCAGGAUAGCGAGGGCGGUCAGCCACCUGCAUCGGCGGAGUAGGAAUUUUCGCUAGACUGUGUUCCACGGGCGUUUGGUUCGGGCGCCUCUCACGACAUUGACGAAUGCUGGCGCAGGAAAAAAUAAGUCAUACUGCAUGGUUACAUGGCGUUCAGGGAUAGUCAUCCAGUACGAGAAAACGAGUCCUUUAACCAGCAAAUUCGCUGGAUGUAGUCAGAAUCGAGGUUCAUUACCUAAUAUCCCG